UCCCGAAAGGGUGUGUGUCCUGAAGGUUGUAGGCUAUUUAACUAGCAUCACGGGUCUUUAGAGUACUCCGCCGGCGGGCAAUAUUCUGAUACCAUGGUAUAGUUAAGCUACCUUAGCCUACGACACAAGAGGAGGAUCUGCAUGGGAAGUACACAGCAAAGGCUUUCGAGUUACAGCAAGCAAGCCCUCAUCCUCAUUCUUGAGUUCAGGGGGACAUUCAUCUUGACGGGACAGCACAACCUACACCAGACACCGCGUCGAAUGCGUUGUUCACGGCACCCUGCGAGGCUAUCGACAAAUGCGCACCUUCAGUUUCUAACUGGUUUUAUCAGAUAUCUCACAGUUGAUAGCGCGUUCGUAUUUAGUUAGCCUACUUGUCUAUGACUUACCACAAAUCGAAAGUGCUGGAGUACUGUACGUGGUGCUUGUCAAACUUACUAUCAACUGUGCGUGAUGCCAGCGCAGAAAUUACGGGAUAGCCUACUAAACCAGCCUGUAAUAGUCUUCGCUAAACAACACUGACGGGUUAUCAGUCACAUAGUCUCACAUGACGUGAUGCCAAACCAGAAGUUGUUCAACAAAUCCAAGUAAUCUACUCUUUGCUCUGGCGUUUGCUCCACAUAUUUCCUGCUUCGCAAGCCAACUAGCCUACCUGGAAAGGGUGUGCUGCUCUCAACUCGAUUUCAACAAGCUCGGAAGUGAACGAGAGGGCGAUGAAUGAGGAUACAACAGUCUUCAAGACCGAGGAAAGCCGCGCAUCCUGUUAGGUCGUCAUGAGACAUUUUGUAGAUCUCGAAACUUCACCGAUUUCUUUGAUACAUCAAGUCCUUUUACGCUCCAGGUAGACGUGUGAUAUAUCUUGCAGAACUUUCCUCACCAUGGCUUGUCGACACUUGACACAUUUAGCCUGUGGUUGGAACGGUGAAGUGGGGAGAAGACUGGUUACAGUGACAUUAUUGGCGGUGUUCUUGGUGGGCACAGUGUUGCCGCUUGGCGCAGCCAGCUCUCCAGAGAUCACCGUUGGUUUGAACGGAGACCAUACCCCACAUCAGCCCAACAACGACCAUGACGAUCAUGCUAGUCACAACACAACUAAAAAGGCUUUCCCCGUCCUGUCCUUCGAUUUCGAGCGUAUAGGGAUGCCGUUUGAAAUAUCGCUAUGGGUACUGUUGGCUUCCUUGAUGAAGUUGGGUUUCCACCUGACGCCGCGUCUCUCCGGCAUCGUGCCCGAGAGCUGUCUGCUGAUCGUGGUGGGGCUGCUGGUGGGCGGCCUCAUCAAGGUGGUGGGCCAGAAGCCGCCCGUGCUGGAGUCCAACCUCUUCUUCCUGUGCCUGCUGCCGCCCAUCAUCCUGGACGCCGGCUACUUCCUGCCCAUCCGCCCCUUCACUGAAAACAUGGGCACCAUCCUGAUCUUCGCCGUGGUGGGAACCCUGUGGAACGCCUUCUUUGUGGGUGGUGCACUCUACGGCAUCUGCCAGCUGGAGGGCGUGCACCUGAAGAACUACGACCUGCUGUCGUGCCUGCUGUUCGGCUCCAUCAUCUCGGCCGUGGACCCGGUGGCCGUGUUGGCCGUGUUCGAGGAGAUCCAUAUCAACGAGCUGCUGCACAUCCUCGUGUUCGGCGAGUCGCUGCUCAACGACGCCGUCACCGUGGUGCUGUACCAUCUCUUUGAGGAGUUUGCCGGCGUUGGGACGGUGACUAUGGUCGACGUCCUGCUGGGCAUAGUGUGCUUCCUGGUGGUAUCGCUGGGCGGUAUCCUGGUGGGCGCCAUCUACGGCAUCCUGGCGGCGUUCACAUCCCGCUUCACCUCACACACUCGCGUCAUCGAGCCGCUCUUCGUCUUCCUCUACAGCUACAUGGCCUACCUGUCCGCCGAGGUUUUCCACCUCUCCGGUAUCAUGGCGCUGAUUGCCUGCGGAGUGGUGAUGCGACCCUACGUGGAGGCCAACAUAUCCCACAAGUCCCACACUACCAUCAAGUAUUUCCUGAAGAUGUGGAGCAGCGUGAGCGAGACGCUGAUCUUCAUCUUCUUGGGUGUGUCCACUGUUGCCGGGGACCAUAACUGGAACUGGACCUUUGUCACAUCUACAGUUCUCCUGUCUCUAGUUGCCAGAGUUCUCGGGGUGGUUGGCCUGACCUUUGUCAUCAACAAGUUCCGUAUCGUCAAACUCACCACCAAGGACCAGUUCAUUAUCGCCUACGGUGGCCUACGAGGGGCAAUUGCCUUCUCUCUGGGUUACCUGCUGGAUAAAGUCCACUUUCCCAUGAGAGACAUGUUCCUGACAGCGAUCAUCACUGUCAUCUUCUUCACUGUGUUUGUGCAGGGCAUGACCAUUCGGCCCCUAGUGGACCUGCUGGCUGUGAAGAAGAAGCAAGAAACCAAGCGUUCAAUCAAUGAAGAGAUCCACACACAGUUCCUGGACCACCUCCUAACGGGCAUUGAAGAUAUCUGUGGCCAUUACGGCCACCAUCAUUGGAAGGACAAGAUGAACCGCUUCAAUAAGAAGUAUGUGAAGAAGUGCCUGAUCGCGGGCGAACGGUCCAAGGAGCCUCAGCUCAUCGCCUUCUACCACAAGAUGGAGAUGAAGCACGCCAUCGAGCUGGUGGAGAGUGGCGGCAACGUCAAGCUGCCCUCCGCCUUGCCCUCCACCGUCUCCAUGCAGAACAUCCAACCCAAGAAACUACAAGAGAGGGCCUUGCCCCAGAUACCUAAAGGCCGCGAGGAGGAGAUCCGGAAGAUUCUCCGGACCAACCUUCAGAAGACACGGCAAAGGCUUCAGUCGUACAACAGACACACGCUGGUGGUUGACCCCUACGAGGACGGCUGGAACGAAGUCCUCCUUAAGAGGAAGAAGGUGAUUGAGCUGGAGAAGAAGAUUAACCAGAUGAGCAAUUAUCUCACGGUGCCCGCUGGGCCCCCCGAGUCCCCCACUCUGGCCAGGGCCCGACUGUCAUCCGAUCCUCAGGCUUGGAGCAUGAAACCCGACUCCGACGGCGUUCCCGCCAUAAAGGUGGACCUGGCGUCUCCUCAAUCUCCCCCUGACUCCGUCAACAUCACGGACGAGUUUGGCAAGCGCUCCGGCCCACCCGCUGGCGGCGGGGAAGAAGGCGGCCUUGUGAUGAAGCGUCCGCAUCCGCCACCUUCCCUCUCCGUCACCGCGGCGACAAAGGAGGAGAAGGGAGGGAGAAGGCAGCAGCAGCAGCCGGAAGAGGACGAGGAGGGAAGAGAUCCGCAGCGUCUGAUGCGUUGCCUUAGCGACCCGGGCCCAAGUGCUGAGGAGGAGGAGGAUGAACCCUUCCUACCUUGAGAAUGAGCUUCUUUGGAGGAGAUUCAGGGCACCAUCAUAUCUACCUACCACGCCACCUUUUCCUGUGUUAUGGAGGAAGCUGGAGGAGGACGAUGUGUGUAAGACCCUCACUCUCUCUAAAGCUCGACAGAAAGCCAAAACUCAAACUUUAUAAGAAAAGGCACCCAUGAACCUAAACCAAGGAAAGAGUGGGCUUCAGGGAGGUAAAGAGAAAAGAUCAAAAAUAGCUAUUUAUUUUUAGCAUUGCCAUUGUUGUUGUUUAAUUUUUUUUUUUUACAUCGGAGGGACAUGGAUGCUGCUAUUUGGGAGAUCGUGUUGAUUUUUUGGUGUCGGUUGAUAAUCCCCAGAGUUAAAAGGGGAACAAACCUAUGCAUUACCAAAGGUUUAGACUGUUGUGGUCUGAACCACUCUGUGGUCAAUCUUCGAUGGUCUGCUCCUAAUGUUUCACAGUUCUCAUUUUUUUCCCCUUUUUGUCUACACUAGGCAGAUCUCUUCACCAAGUGCUUUUUAUUCAGUUUAUUCUUUAAAAUACUUAUUUUCUCUUUUUUCAUGGAAUCCCCUGGAGCAAUAUAAUAUAGUGGUCUAACUGUUUUUUUUUGUGCCUCUUUCUCAAUUUUAAUCCACUGCCACGUGUAGCGUAAAGGCCUAUGGGAAGAGCUGAGGUGUUUUGAGGAAAAUCUGAGAUGCUUCUCUGUUGUUUUGAUGUGAAAUACACACACACACAAACACACACACACACACUUGUGCACAGGGAUAUAGAGAGACCAGUGUGUGUUUGGUGUGAAGUAUAGUAUAGUAGACCACUGAUGAAGAUGCCAUCAUCAAUGUCUACAGCAUUCUCUGUUCAUAGCAGUAAGAACUGAUUAGAAAGCACGCAGAUGUGCACCAUUAGAUCUUCAUCUUUAGUUUGCAAACACACAAGAACCAAGGGAUCACCACGUCCAAAUUCAGACUUUGCACGUCAUUGCUGAUCAUACCAAAAAAUUAUCCUUAUUUUCAAAAGCUUCGUCUCUUUUGGAAAUGUUUUUUUUUCUUUGUGCCUUUAUUCAUGAUGGUUACAGGGUUUAUUGCUAUUACUUAUUUAAUGCUUAAUGAUCACUGAUAAUUUUGAUAAUUCUGUUGCAUUUUGUGCACUUAUCUCAUCCAUCUGGCGUUCUGUUUGUGUUUAAUGGUGUUUUGUCUCGCGAGUCAUUUAUCACCAUCAUCACCAGCCUCUUUCUUUAUUGCUUGAAAUCACUCAGACGGUUUGGCAAGCUGCUGUUGCAACUUGUGCAAUGACUAAAGUGCGUCACUCGCAAAUAUUUUUAAUUACCUCUCUUAUUACAUCUAAUCUCUCUUGUGUACUCUUAAGCUUUCGUCUUAAUGACCUCAAUGUUGUUUAUCCACAAACCGAUUGUUGACUCUCGAUACUUGAGCAACUCCUGCUCUACUUUGAAUUGUAUUCCGAAUUGAAAUACAUGGACUACAGACCUGUUCGUCUAAUUGUGACACACAGUCUAAUUGCCACCGCUAGCUUUUAAAGACUGGGAGAACACAAAGCUAUUUAUGUGCAGACAACACAGCUACAGUAUAGAGCAGAAUGCAAAACACAAGCCAUCAGUUACUCUCAGCUCUGCUGUGGAAGUAUCCAUAUGGCUGUCUAGCAUUGGUGCAUGUUUUCCAGAAACACAAUGACCUUACAAUGUAUUCUUUAUCUUGAUUGGAUGAAUCAUUUGUCCCUACAAUACUGUCAUGUUUGUAUCCACAGUCUUGAAAAGUUUGUCACAUUAAUGAGAUGAUGUGUACAAGCAUCUAUGCAGUACAGUGAUCAAUGAUGUAAACGUGUACAGUAUAAAGAGAUUACUUAUGUACACUGACAAUGCCCUUUAAAACUGUAAUAUAACAAAUAUCUUAUAUCAGUAUGACCAAGUGCCCAGUUGCUCCUGUAUGAAGACUAAGGAGACCUUAGCAUUUAACUUGACUACAGAUAUGUUUUUCUCCAGGUUGAACCAUCUAACCUGAAGCAAAACAAAACAAUCUAUUUUGCACAUGUACAAAUGUAUAGUAGUCUCCUCAAUUAUAAUAUCUGAUAUCUCAAGAUGUAUUCAUGUCAUGUUCAAUCUAAAGGACUGAAAGUCUUGCAGGCAGGCCACACCAAGCACGUAACUGAAGCGUUCAGUUUGCAGAGAGUAUGCAGCAACAAUUAGCUUUUACUGUAAUCAAUAGAACUGGCUACACCAGACAUAUACAUAUACACCAGCAUAUACAUUCAAAAACUAAAAGCAAAACUAUUUUUAUUCUCCCCAAACAGAACACUUUAAUAGCCUACCAGGUGUAGCCUGGCUGUUAGGAUGCCUAUCAACAUUUUGAAAAUAUUUUGCAUAACCAAAAACAGAAGAAAAAUCAUCCUGACUAAAUGACAAGUCAUUGUGCAUAUCAUCAUGUCAUAUCACUGUUGAGUAUGGCAGCCUAAUGUAAUCUGUCAUUUAUUUUGCAUUUCCAUCUGAUGUCAUUGGGGUCAUCACAAACUGUCCUCUUUGUAAUGAGCCAAAGACUGUUUUUCUGAAGGUGUGUUUGACCUAGUGGGGUGAUGAGUGGACAUGUGAGACUGGAUCAUUGUGACCGCCUAAGUCUUUUUGAGAACAGAAGUAGCUUCAACACGUGGCAAGGGGGAAGUCACUGGCAACAGGAGAGAACCUGAGGCUGUAGGCCUAUGAGAUGAGCUAACUCUUAAAGGAACACACCAACAUUUUUGGGAAAUUAGCUUAUUUAAGGUCUUCCCCAGAGUUAGAUAAGAUGAUACUCGCCCGUCACGUCUCUGUGCGUGCAGUAACUCAGUCUGACGCACCUAGCUUGUUGAGGGGGGCAGAACCAACUAGCCUAUAGCUCCAAAAAGACCUUGAAUAAGCUAAUGUCCCAAAAUGAUGGUGUGCCCCUUUAACAUUUUAAGAGAUACAGAGAAAGAGAGAGAGAGAGGAGAAAUACAAAUAGAGUGCAAGAGAAGAGAAAAAGGCAAAAUGGGGGAGGAGAGAGAAUGAGAGAGAGCUUGUUUUUGUUCCUGGAUCUGUGCCCUCCUCGUGUUGGUCACUCUCUGAUGUAACAUGAGAAGGACGCAAAGUCUUUGUAGCCAUUUUGGACUUUGAGACAAUGUCAGGCCACAAUAUAAAAAUACGCCAUAGUCUCAUCUUGUUUUCCUUUCCACCCCCCCCCCCUCCCCCGGGUCAUAAUAACUGAGGGAAGGUCAAAUUGAUUUAAGCCUCCCUGUUCCAUCACUGCUCCCAAUUAAAUUAAAUGCCAAACCAAAGCCAGUUGGGUAGUACUCGCAAAACAGGCAACAGGCAAGGUCAACUGUGCUUGUGUGUGUGUGUGUGUAUGUGUGUGUGUCUGUGUGUGCUGGUGUGUGUGUGUGUGCACACACGAGUGGUGCAUGUUGAUGUGAUCCUCACAGCCCACAGAGAAAGAGAUUGAGUUAUUUUGAUGACACAGCACCAAAUCACAGGAUGGAUGUUAUACAGCUUGUGGUAUCCUAACAACAUGACAGGAAUGAUGUAACUAACCUCAUGUUGUUCUUGCACAUGCUAAUAGAACCCCCCAUAGAAAACAGAAUCCUUCUACUAGCAUAUAUCACACAUCACUAUCCUGCUACACACAAGCACAAACACACACACACACAUGCACACACAUAUACAGACACAAGCCUUUAGGCCUGUCCUAUGGGAGCUCAGCUGAACCAGACCCUGGAGACCAUUUCCAAGAGGCUUUUUGUUUGAGCUCUAUGAAGCAAGAGUGGAGGCCGGCUACUUCAAAGUCAGCAACCCACAAUGCCCUUCACCACUCUCUUUCUCUCACUCUCUCAUCACUCUUUUCCAUUCUCAGUCCUUGUCCCCCUCCCUCCUACACUUUCACUUUCCAUAAAUCUCUUCUUUUAUUGCUUUUUUUUUUUUUUUUCUCCCCAUGUCAUCUCUCCUCAGAGUUCUCUUUCAAUCCAUCUCUGUUUCUUUUCGCCCACUUUCCUAACGUCCCCAAAAUGUCCGGGGGAUAUUCUCUGCCAGACACUUCAAAGUGCAUUUUCAUGCUCUGUCCAGGCCACGCGGAGUUGUCCUAAAUAGGCCACUCAGGGUCUCUGUUUCUGAGUCUCCGCAAUCGAUUUCAAACUGUUCACCCGACUUCACCUCGUGCUCUGUGUUUCCAUUUGUUUUCUUGGUUUUAUUGUUGUCCUUGAAGCUUAACCACGUGUAUUUGAUCACCAUCCCUUUUGGAAGUUGUGGCUUUCUGUAAAAAGCCAUACACAAAAAAAAAAAAAAACGUUUUUGUUUACUGUAGGUGCAUGUUUUUUUAUGUACUUUUUGAGCUUUAUUUCUUUCAGGACUUAAUUUGCUUUUGUAAAUUAUUAGAUUGUUUACUGUCUAGCUGUACUGUGUUUUUGUUGUUGUUUCUGUGGUGGUGUCUAUGCACCUCAUGUGGCACCUUUAUAGCCGCUAUGUGUAUGUUGUGGGAUUGGAGGCUGUGUGGCAGGCCAGGGCCCUGUUUAGCUUUGUCUGUGGACAGGAUGGAGUGGUCCCAGAGGAGGUGGAAAGGGUCAGUCUUACCUGGCCAGCCUCUCCAUACCUCCCAGCGUCAUUUACCUGGGCUUUGGAACCGUUUUUAUCUUUCAAGUUCCCUCUCGCAGGUAUUUAACCGGAGAUAUCAGGGACCAUUCACCAAAUCUGCGUUAUCUCGCAAAUUUCUGUCUCGAUAACGCAGAAUUGGACUCUCAUAAAGGAAAACGUAUCAAAGGCCUUUUUAGUUCAACUGGAUCUGUGGCUGUGUUGUUCAGAUGGAUGGAUGAAUGGGCUGUCAGUUGUCUCCUUGGGAGAGAGGGGCGUUAUUCUGAUCCCCCAGUGAAAGCUAUCAGUGCGGCACAGGGAUUUUAUACGAGCUCAGAUUAGUUGUUCUGUAGACAAGAGUUGCUCGGAGACUUUCAUUUCACUUUCUGUUUUUGAAACAAAUCUGUCAUCUGUCCGCCAACUACAUUUGUCCCAGACAAACUUAGAACUCGUGACAAGCUGUCAUUAGUGCUCAAAUGUGCAUGGGUGGAUGUACAACACGUUGGUAGGCUUUUUAAAAUGCAGUCAGAUCUCAAGGUGCUAGCGCGUGCUAUGACUAUGACAGAUAAUCAACCCACCUGUCACCUUGCACGCUCCUGAAGGCUUAUCUUUCACGCAUCACUGUUGAAGCUCUGUGAAUGAUCACCGAUAGGACUGAUUGAUUGAGCAUAAUGAACAUCAUCAGGUUUGCCUUUGAAUGCCAUAUGUACAGCAGCAGGCACCACCGCCACCACUAUCCCCCACUAUGAGAGCAGCUGCAGACUGUGGUGAUUCUGGGCCAGAAGCUCAGGCCUCUCAGUGGGAACCCUCUGAAAUCUGUCGGUCUCUGUCGCGCUGCUCUCUCACUCUUGCUUUGUCUUUGUGCCUCCCCUUGCUCCCCUGCCACAGUGGAGGGUAAUCUAAUCUACGCACUUUAAAAGCACAGCCAUGAAGAAGAUGUAAUCAAACUGUACCUUUAAGCCAAACACAGCUCAUGGACAUUCAACAAUACAGCAAUAAUUGGCUUUUGCAUAGCAUAGAGAUUACAUAUCUACAGUAUAUCUAUCUAUAUCUAUCUCUCUUUAUAUAUAGCAUGGCUCAUCUGUUGGAUGCAGCUGAAGCGGUGUUGACUUUUCAGACAUAGCGGAGGAGCAGGUGCAUAGUCUGAGGCUUCACUGGGAUAGGGAGAGGUGCUGUGGCCUGCUGUCAUUCUUUUCCUAUUGUUUUUAAUUGGCCGUAUCCACGGCUACGUCUGUCUCACAGUGAAGUGAGGCGUUGUCAUGAUUUCACAUGUCUUCUGGUUGUCCUCAUUCUUCUCAUUCUCAUGUGAUUUAACGACAAAUUGUUCUUGUGAUGUGCAUCAUUGCAAUAAAAUUCAAACAGAUUGUUUUUUUUAUUAUUUUAUAUACAAAUGAAUAUAUAUAAGAUGUUAUAAAAGUCCUAUAUAAAAGGGUAUGAAUCAAACUGCAUCAAAGUGAAAAUAACACUAUGAAAAAGUGUGCACUGUGUUGUUGACUAACAUAGCUUCAGCAUUCCAAUCUUGUAUUUUGGAAACUAUUGUACAGUCCCAAAAUAGAUAUAUACCAAAUUAAAGAUUUAAUUUGUAAAAGAC